AUGGCCUCCUGGACAACCCUACACUCCUCAGUGGCCGAGUUACCAUCGGAUGAUGAGCUCCAAUUAAGCCCAGGCGAUGCUAUUGGUCCCAAGGACGAGUCUUAUACCGUCAUUCGCAAGCUUGGCUCAGGCGGCUUCUCUACUGUUUGGCUUGCUUUGAAGGCGGACAGCAACCUUAUCGUUGCCGUUAAAGCGGCCGAUGCGGAUGAGAGCGGGGCUAAGGCAGCCAUGGAUGAGGUGCGAUUCCAUCGGCAGUUGUUUCGCAGGGAGGACACUGGAGAAACUGAGGGGAAUGUUGCGCGACCUCCACCUUUAUCAUCGCCGAUUCCCAUUGUUCGACUACUCUCCACUUUCGAGCACCUCUCUUCAAACGGAAACCUCCACCACUGCCUCGCGUUCGAGCCUAUGGACGGCUCUGCAUGGGACUUUGCACGCAAGCCUACUCCGCUCAAGGUUAUCAAGGAUGUUCUAAGGCAAACUCUUGUGGCUCUCAAGUUCCUCCAUGGCCGCGGCGCUGUGCACGGGGAUCUGCACCCUGGCAAUAUCCUUACUACCACUGCGGAUGUGACCCAAGCCCAUCAAGCGAGCGAUGAGCAUAGCCGAGUCAUAGCAAAAUUGUCCGAUCUUGGAGCUUCAUUCUGGGCCUGCGCCAAUCGCCGCUGGACACCGGUCCCUAGCAGCUACCGUGCACCUGAGCAAGUCAUUAGGAGUAACUAUCUCGACUACCGCAUUGAUAUCUGGAGUUUCGGCUGCAUCAUGUAUGAGUUGAUGUGCGGCGGACGGCAGCUCUUCGUAACUGCAUCCAUUCCGGGCGAGAUGUCCCCUGAUGAGUGUCAUGUCUACCAAAUGGUAGAGGUUAUGGGCCCAUUGCCCGAACAUCUAGCCGAUUGCUGGGGCAAGUUUGGGGAAAACUACAACGGCGCAAAGUCAAGGUAUAUAUCAAGCAGACCGUUGACACUGAUGUUGGGGAAGGUGGAGGGUGCAAGCCCUGCUGCGGACCUGCUACAGCGAGUUCUGGCUCUGGAUAGGGAAAAGAGGCCAUCAGCAGCUGAGAUACUGAAGCAUCCCUUCUUCGAAGAAGAGUAG